AUUUACACGGUUGACUAGUUGAGGUGUUGUCGUUUUGAAUCAAAAUGGCUUUACCAGUAAAUAUGACUUUAAAUCCUGACUAAUUUCGCUCAUACGAUGGCUUGUUGCGGUGGCGGUUAUCCGGAAGAUCGUUUUCAAACUUCAGUCGAUAAAAAUUUCUUCUGUCCAAUCUGUACGGAUGUAUUGAAAGACCCAGUACAAUGCCACAACCAACACCUUUUCUGUAGAGCCUGUAUAACAGAGCAUCUUAAGAAUUCCCAGACGUGCCCCGUUUGUAUGGAAAAACUCACGGAAGAAGCGUUAUCCAAGCCAGCAAGAAUUGUGACAAACAUUCUCGAUGGUUUGAUGGUGAAUUGCGAGCACAAGGAACGAGGAUGUGUUGAAUUGGUCGAGCUUGGCCUUCUUGAAACUCACAUUUCCGUGUGCGAGUAUAAACCUGUAACGUGUCCUAACGAAAGAUGCGAGGCUGUUGUAAACAUGGCAGAUUUAGAGGAACACACGAGCGAGGUUUGUGAAUACAGACAAGUAUUUUGUGAAGAAUGUGACGAGAACAUGUCGCUGAAGAAAUAUGAAAAACAUGGCUGUUUUAUAAGCAAAGAUGUUCAGGCAAUGAAGGUUGUAUUGUUCCAAAUGCAACAUCAGGUCAAAACAGUGCAAGAUCAAGUCAAAGAAAUGUCUAACAGGCAGAACGAAAUGUUCGAAGCAAUCCAAAAUCUUACAACCGCUGUUAGUAAAUUGAGCACAACAAGCGGCAGAGCUGAGUCCACAUGUGAUACAAAACCACAAGGGAACAUUGUUGUCAUUGGUGGACAAAAUGGUGUCAUUAAUUGCCUCAAUUCUGUUGAAGUGUACUCCCUGGCCAAUCAAACAUGGAGUAAAUUAGCACCAAUGCAACAAAAGAGAGCAGCUGCAACUGCACAUUUUUACAAUGGCCAAGUCAUGGUUACCGGAGGAUUUUAUGAUAUGGCCAUUGCAACUAAGAGUAUAGAAUACGUCCGAAUCUGUGAAGAAUUACAAAGCACAGUUCGACCAGAGCCAACCAAUACAGCUUACCAAGAUGAAUUCUCUUCACUCUUAUACCAACUGCCAUUUGAAGGCUAUGGUCACAAAACAGCCAUCAUAAAUGAUCAAGUGUGGCUUGUUGGAGGCUAUGGCAUUAAUAAUAAUCAAGGACAAUCCUCAAACGCCAUUUACACGAAGCCCAUUCGCUCCACUGGUACCUUCGUGGUAAAGCGUCGACUGCCAAAACCACUUUCAUUCCACGGUUUGGAAAUAAUUAAUGGCAAUGAACUUUUAAUCAUUGGAGGAUCAACAGCUGGUUUCACACAUUAUGCUGUUAACACAGUUUGGUCGUACAAUACAGUCACCAAUACACUCAGAGAAUUACAUCCACUGCCAUUCCCGAUGGUUGAUAUGGCAACUGUUAAACAUGGUGAAGAUGUUAUCAUUAUUGGAGGACAAAACAAGGAGCGUGGAUAUUUGAACACAGUUUUCAAGUACAACCAUAAGAAGCGUGUAUGUAAGCAAUUACCAGGAAUGAAAUACAAGAGAGGAGAAUGUGCCGCUGUCAUUUCUGGAAACAGAGUGUUUGUGAUGGGCGGAUACAACGAAGAGCAAGGAUACUUAAGUUCUGUUGAGUGCUUUGAUCUUCAGCAUCAAGUUUGGCAUGAACUUCCACCCAUGAGUGAAGCUAAAUUUAAAAUAGCUGCAGUUCUAGUGCCUUAAGACUAUUAAGGGACUGUCUUUGCCACCCUUAUAAAGAUAGGGAGUGCACUAUAAAAAUGUCGUAUUUUGUACCAUAUAUAAAUUAUCAAAUAAACACAAUUUUUUUCCAAAAAAAAGGACAUUUAU